UCUUCCACAUGUGAAUUUUACUUCACUUUCUGUUCUUGAUCUUUCUUUUAAUUCCAUUAAUUCAACGAUACCUGGUUGGUUGUUCAACAUAAGUAGCCUCGAGUACCUUGAUCUCAGUGACAAUUUUAUUAAUCCGAUGAUACUUGGUUGGUUGUUCAACAUAAGCAGUCUCAAGUAUCUUGAUCUCAGUUACAAUUUUAUUAAUUCGACGAUACCUGGUUGGUUGUUCAACAUAAGCAGUCUCGAGUACCUUGAUCUUAGCGAUAAUUUUUUUUGGGGCAUCAUUCCACCUGCAAUUAAGAAUCUAGCUUCGCUCAAGUUCCUUGGUUUAUCUGAUAAUCUGAUUCUUGAAGUCAAAACUACAGCUGCGCUUGGGGGUUUGUGUCAGCUACAGCAUUUGGAUUUGUCAGGUAUUAAUGUCAGCAAAAAUUUACAUGAAUUUGAUGAGAUAUUUACUGGAUGCAUCAAAAAUAGCUUAGAGACUCUGGACAUGAGUUACACCCAGCUUAGCGGUUAUUUCCCAGACUGGUUGUGGGACUUCAGAAUGCUCAAAUCUCUUGAUUUGAGUGGCAACUCAAUUUCUAGUUCUCUUCCUGAAUCAAUUGGAAGACUGUCAGCACUCGAAGAAUUAGAUCUUUCCUUUUAAUGAGCUGAAUGGGACUAUCCCAGAAAGUAUUGGAAGACUGUCAGCACUCGAAGAAUUAGAUCUUUUCUUUAAUGAACUGAAUGGGACUAUCCCAGAAAGUCUUUGAAGACUUACGGAGCUAGUUUCUUUGGUCCUCGGCUAUAACUUUUUGAAGGGUCUCAUAUCUGAAGAACACUUUGCCAAUCUCACCAAACUGAAUUAUCUAUGUUUGUCAAAGAAUCAGUUAAUUCUGAAUCUGGGGCCUGAUUGGAUCCCCCCUUUUCAGCUUCAAGUGUUAGAUAUUUGUUCUUGUAAGGUGGGACCACGAUUCCCAGCAUGGCUCCGGAUGCAAAAAAAUAUUAUCGGUCUAUACAUGUCUAGCACAGAAAUUUCAGACACCAUACCGGAUUGGUUUUGGAGGUCAUUUUCUCAAAUACAGUAUUUAGAUAUCUCCAGCAAUGGAAUCACUGGCAGUGUACCCGAUCUUACCGACUUCAUCACUCUCGAGUAUUUUAAUUUGAGUUCUAACCACUUUGAGGGACCCUUGCCAAAUUUUAAUUGUCCUACUAUGCAUCUGCAUGUAGACCUAUCAAAUAAUUCAUUUUCAGGAGUGAUUCAUUCUGACAUUGGCAAAAGUAUGCCCCAUCUGAUAUCUCUCUCUCUUUCCAAAAACAAGUUGAGUGGUGAAAUUCCUUUGUCUCUUUGUCAGCUCGACUCUUUUCUUGAUCUCUCAGAAAACCUCUUAUUUGGUGAGCUCCCUAAUUGUUGGAACCACUCUCCCAAUAUCAUUGUCAUGGAUUUUUCAAGCAACAAUUUAUUGGGAAGCAUUCCUCCAUCAAUCUGUUCAUUACCAAAUCUUGAGUCAUUGCAUUUGAGUAAUAAUAAUCUAUCAGGAGAACUCCCAUUAUCCUUGAAGAAUUGCAGGAGGUUAGUUACUCUUGAUCUUGGGCAAAAUGGAUUCACUGGUGGAAUACCUACCUGGAUAGGAGGAAGUUUGUUGUCUUUGAAGAUCCUUAGCUUGCGAUCAAACAAGCUUGUUGGAAAUAUUCCUCCUAAUUUAUCAAGACUAAGUGCUCUUCAAAUCUUGGAUCUUGCUAAUAACAAUUUAUCAGGAAAUAUUCCUUCAAGAUUCGGGAACUUCAGUGCCAUGAAAGUAUUGCGGAAGACUUAUGGAACAAUUUUAGAAAACCACAAUGGAACGGGCAGGGAGGACAACAUGCAAGUAACCAUAAAAGGAAUAGAAACUGGGUAUUCCACAUUGCUUCCACUUGUGGUCGCUAUGGACCUUUCAGAUAAUAACUUGUCUGAAAUGAUACCAGAAGAACUGACUAGCCUUUUUGGACUCAUGAGCUUAAACUUGUCUGGAAAUCAUCUGACAGGAGAGAUCACAGAAAAAAUUAGUGCAUUGCAACAAUUGGAGUCUCUUGACUUAUCAAGAAAUAAUCUUUUCGGUGGAAUUCCUUCGAGCAUGAUUGCCCUAACUUUUUUGAGUUACUUGAACUUGUCAUAUAACAACUUGUCAGGAAAAAUUCCAACAGGUAAUCAGUUUCAGACCUUCAGUGACCCAUCUAUCUAUGCUGAUAAUCCUGAUCUUUGCGGAUUUCCGUUACCUCAAAAGUGCAAAGAUGAUGAGACAAACCAUGAUCCAAAUGCUAUUGGAGGGGAUAAACAAAAUGAUAAUGCCAUGGAUGAAGAAGGAUCUGAAAUGAAGUGGCUGUAUAUGAGCAUGGGGCUAGGAUUUGCAGUAGGUUUCUGGGCUACUUUUGGACCACUAUUAUUCAACAGGAAAUGGAGAGAAGCCUAUUUUCGACUUGUAGAUCAAGUUUAUGAUAUGGUUUAUGUUGCCCUAGCAGUGGUGUCCGCUAGAUUUAAAGAGCAUAAAGUUGCAGCAUAACUGUUUGUGACCUUGAAUUGUGACUACAAUUUUUUUUUUUAAAGCACUAGUAAAAAUAUUCAUAAUGGAUUAUCUGUAAUCAAACUCUAGUUUUACAUAUGGAACCUUGUACCAUGUAUUACUCUAAUAAAGUAACUAGUUUCAUAGUAAUUCAAUUAGUUUGUCAAGA